CUCCGAGCGCCUCUAGUUCAGCCUGCGGUUAACAGGUGUCUGAAGCGUUUUUGGAACAGAGAGCAGUCGGCUCCCGCGAGUCUUAAGGUCUGGAGUGCUCCGCUAUUUUUUAUUUUACUUUAAUGAAUAAUAACUAAAAAAAAAAAAAGAAAAAAAAAAAAAAAAAGAUGAGGCGGCACUGUUCGUUUGGGUGACAUGGAAAAUGCCGGCUGUAGAGACGCUUGUGUUUCCUUUCUGAAUUUGUAACGGAGCGAUUCCUUCUGUAUUCAAAAGCAAAACAGCUACAAAGCACGAGCUUGCUUGGAAUACAUGGCAAUUAUUUUCAGUGUUCUGAAAUUGUAUGUUGUGUUUUGCUCUGACUGCUGAGCAUUUGAAUGAACUUAAAAAUUGAACGUAAAAUGUUUGGGGAGGAGGAGAAAAAAACCCCAACAAGGUAAGUUUAUUAUAUGUUUGUUGUGGUGCUGUUUGUUUGGGGUUUAUUUGUUUGUUUGUUUUCAGAUGGCAUCUCUUUCCAUUUGUAUUUUCAGGCUGAAGGGAUGUCAACUCUCCUACCUACCAUAUAGCCUUUCAUUACUUCUGUUCUCAGUCUUGCCUUCUUCCCUUUCCCCAUCUGCUCUUCCCUAGUCUUCUGUUGAUUCUCACACUCCUUUCCCCCCCUCGGCUUCCACUUUUCUUCCUUAUCACUUAACCAUCGUUUUUUUAACAGUUGUCGUCUCAGUGGUCUCUUACUCUGGUGAGCCCUCUCAGUUGACAGUGAUUGUUCAGCGUAGUACAGGUCCCUUUCCUGAGCUGUCUACCAUUCUUUUUCCUGGAGAGGAUCACCUCAGUGAGGAGCCGGCAAAACUCUCUGGGCAGUCUCUGAUCCCUGACAUUUACCUUGUUCAUCCUAUCAUAUCAGCCUUGUUUGGCACUUAAAAUCGGACAGUGACUGAAAGCACAGACACAACACUAGUUCGGCACUUUUGCUGUGACAGGAGUGGCUGGUAGAGGGACGGGGCAGCAGGGGCAGUGCUGUGUCAAACUGCCUCGGCAAGGCUGGUUGGGCUUCACUGAAGAGAGCAUGGAGGUGGUUCUCUUUCCAGGUGUGCUUCCCAGCCCACUGCUCUGUCUUGGAGCUGCUCCUGUUUCGGUCUGUUCCUCUCAUUUUAGCCUUCCAGAGGCUGUACUCCCAGGGAUGCAGAUUUAUGUAAGUGCUGUGGAAAUAAAUAGAUGUUUUGGUUUCUGCUUGGAGACAAUCAGGCAAUGGUCUCACAUUCGGCUUGUUUUUCUUGUCCAUUUGUGGUUUUCUAUUCAGGUUCCUAAUCAGAGAGUCAAGAUAAUUUUGACAACAGGAGUAAAUACCUGGAAAGAUGCCAAGGGAACUGCAGAUCUCCAUUGACUGAGGACAGUGUGGCUCCAUUCUUCACGAAAAUAAUGAGAUAUUCUGUGUAUCAAUCACAACCAAAUAUGUAUAAAAUAAAACAAGCUAUUGCAAGAAAUUUUUUUUUUUUAAGGAAAUAAAAUCCAGAAUAUGAAGAUCUGGACAAAGUCAUUUACUGCAUGUUCUUUUGCUGAUCAUCUAUGUACAUGUUAUGGUGGAAGAGGUUUUGAGUCAAGCAGAGAUGAUACUCCUGCAACUUUUCAACAGUUUAAAUUAAAUUUUCAGUCUUUGAACCUAUAAUAGCAGCUAUUGCUGGUAAAAUUUUAUUACAAAUAGACGAAGGCUUUAUUCUGCAUACUCACUGCAGUGGGACACGGUUGUACUGUUAUAGUGAUGUUUCCCUGGCAUCUAGUUACUUCUUUAUAGCCUGGUGUAAUGCAGAAACGUGGUAAGGAUGAAGAAUGGGAACAUGCAGAUGUGUGCCUGUGAGAUGUGCACUGCUGUCUGAUUUACCUGGGAGGAAAUCUGCAUUUGAGACACUACAAUAAAUUGUUGUCUUCUUAAGCAGCACUGGAGGGAGGAAUUAGAUCCAAAGACAGGGAAAAAAACCUCAGUUGUUGUUCAGAAAAAUCCCAAGCCAAUUUGAUUUUUAAUGAACAACUCCAUUUCAGUGAGUGCUUGAAAUUGUCAGGGAACCAAUUAAGGCAAAAUUUCUGCAUCGUGUUGUAGGCUAACUACAAAAGUUCAGAAAAUGCUUUUCAUACAGGUGUGGAAGCUUUCAAGAAAAACAGCAUGAUUUUAUUUUAUUAGUUCUUGAGGAAAUGUAAUACGUAAUUCAAAUUGAAUUACGUAUUUUUCAAAUUUAAAAGCUUAAGCGUUAUUUUGCAUCAGAGAGAUUACGGUUUACAGACCCUGUGUGGGUGAGAGCAUCAGCUGAAGAUUUUUCCACCACGUCACUGUCAGACCCCAGCUGUGAGGUACCCAAGUGUGGGAGUAGCUCUGACAAAUGGUCUUUUGUACCUGGGAACAGAACUAUUUCUGCAGACGGAACCAUCGAGAAGUAAAGAGGUGCUAUGUGAGGCAUGCUGUGGCCUGUACUUCAGACCAGACGAAUGUUAUCUGAAGAUUAGGGUUUAAUGUUGUAAUGGGAGAGAGGAAAUUGUACUCUGCUUCCACUCUCCUUGUCAGUCUCAGUGCUGUGGUGGCUUUUUCACUGAUGCAAAUCUAAAACAGAGCUCUUAAAUGGUGCCUGAACACACUCUUCCAUUUUCUGGGCUGUGCAACCCUAUGAACAUCUGCUCUGCAUUUAAACCUGGGCCCUGCACAUUGUGAUGGGGCUCCCUGAGGGGUUGGUAGGAGAGGCCUGUGCAGCAGUAGCUGCUGCAGGGCACAGGACAUCUGCAGGGCCAGGUAAGCGGCAGGAAGGGAGCCCAGGGAAUUCUAGCUGUUUAUCAGUGCUGAAUUUCCCAGGAACAAUCACACAGGAGUAGUCCCUUCUCUCAGCCUUGCCCCUGUUAAAAAUGGUCAGUUUAGUUGUGGUUAUUUGAAAUACUCCUGAGUGCCUCUUGUUCUUUGGUUGAUCUUGAGGGAACUUGGAUUUGCAACUGCCAUACCUGCAUAUCUACAGUAGCUACAUAUCUGUGCAUAUCUACAAGAAGGUUGACUUCUAGUGAGGAAAGGAAAAUGGGCUCAGUACUGAUUGUAUAAUCCUGCCCUAGAUGCAGGAAAUAAAUGGAAUUAUGGCUAAUCUUUUUUACUUUUAGAUAAUACAAUCUCUUAAGACUGUAUUCCAGCUGUAAUUUUUAAAGCUUUUGGUGCUGGAGUUAAGCUUCAGUGUGUUUUGGGAGCAGGUCCCAGUAACUCUACACUAAGUGUUCCAUGUCCCUUUACUGUUAGUGCAGGACUGAAAUUUUUAAGAGCAAAAGGAAUACAGAGCUUCUGUGAUGCUAUGUUAGGUAUAUAAUUCCUUGUCUUCUCAGAAAGGCUUGUGAGUGAGAUGAUUACACAGUAUUUGCUUUAUUUGUUUUUAGGUCCAUACAGUUGCCUGUGACCUCAUAGUAUGAUAUUAUUUCAUAUUAGUUUCUGCCUUAACUUCCAUGUGGCCCCUACCCAGUUGAGCUGCUAAAUGGCCAUUAGUGUUUGUAUAUAAGGAUAAUAAAAUAUGUUAUAUGAUGUGUGAUAUGGUGGUCUGAAGCGCAGAUGCCUGUAAUUCUGUUACCUUUCUCAUCCUUAGUUCCCAGGUUAAGCAGUGACUAAAACAGUUUUUUUCUUUCAAUUGUUAUAAAUUCCUUUUGUGAUGAAUCCAACGUUAUUCUUGUUAUUUCAGUGCAAUAGCUCAUGCAGAUAAUGCUGUUUGUGAACACUGUUCAUAAACAUUACCACUGUCACCAUCGCACUUCCUUUUCUCUCCAAGAAAAGACCUAGGUAUCACACACUCAGAGUUGGCAUGUAUAUUGAAUUUUAAUUGCACUGUCAGUUUCCAGAUAUCUUUCUUUUUAUUCUUUCUUCUUUCGUUGUUUUUUUUUUUUUUUUUUUUUUAAUAAAUUUCACUUCUUUUUUAUAGCUUGCUUUUCUCUCUUUUACUGCAGGUAGGAUUGGGUAUUCCCCUGAAAAUACCACAAGUUUGAUCUCAUAUCAUGCCCAUCUAGGAUCUUGGGAAUUAGCAAGAAGCAAGGACCGUUACGGUCAGCUUCGGAGGUAGUUGUUGCUGGUUACAUACAAGACCAAUUUCAGAUAUAUGCAAAACCAAAUAUACCUUUGUGGCCCCAGUGAUGGUGCAAGCCAUGAAGUUGUGUUGCAGAUGUGGUGUGUGUUCAGUUUUGCUUUUACAGUGACUCAUUUUGAAAGCACUGAACACAGCCCUGCUUUGGAGUUUCUUGAGUAAUCAAAGUGAAGCUUUGUGUUGCUCACUUACUUGCUCCUGAAAGAAGUGAGCUGGAGUGAGGAAAGACUGUCUGCAUCCAUACACAUCAAAAUCAACAGAGGGACUUUCAUGUUUACCUUAAACCAACUCCUGUGACCCCCAGAAAAACCCUCAGCAAAGUCAAUUGGAGAAGCCCUCUGUCACGCUUCAGACUGUGGGAUGGAUCACUGUUCUCCAUGCCUGAGAGAAGGUGUGUUUGAGUGCAUCUCCUGGAGGAAUUCCUUCACUGCAAGCAUUGCUUGAAGUUCCUCUGUGACCUGCUGCAGCCUGGCAAGUGCACCUGACAAAUGGCUAGCAUGCCAGCUCACCCUGCUUUGCUCUUCCCCAGAAUAUGCAAGGUCUAAGUAUUCAUUACUUUCACUGUGGUGCUCCUUGUACCACCACACUAGACUGGCUUUUCAAGUAGAAUGAAAGAUACAUAUUUAUUGAGGUGCAAGAUGUCUGCUCUGAGGCUGAUUUCUAACAGAACCUCCCAUCAGGCCUCGUCUAACUCUGAUUACACCUGGGACUACGAGUACUAUGAGUACGGACCAGUGUCAUUUGAAGGCCUGAAGGCUCACAAAUAUUCCAUUGUGAUUGGAUUUUGGGUUGGUCUUGCAGUUUUUGUCAUCUUCAUGUUUUUUGUCCUGACCCUGCUGACGAAGACAGGAGCACCUCACCAAGACAAUGCAGAACCUUCUGAAAAAAGAUUUCGCAUGAAUAGCUUUGUGGCAGAUUUUGGAAGACCUCUGGAGUCUGAGAGGGUCUUUUCUCGUCAAAUGGCUGAAGAAUCCCAGUCACUUUUCCAUUUCUGUAUUAAUGAAGUGGAACAUACGAACAAAGCAAAAGAGAGUCAGAGAGGUCCAGGUCUGGAGAGUAAUAUCCACUUCCAGGAGGUUCCCAGAAGCAGCGGAAUGUUUGAGGAAGACCUACAUUGUCUUCCAAAAUUUAACAUUCCUAACUUUGUGAACACUGAGCAGAACUCUUCAUUAGGUGAGGAUGAUCUCCUCAUCUCAGAGCCGCCAAUCAUUUUAGAAAGCAAAUUGGUCAUGCCAUCUUCCCAUCGGAUGCUUGACUGAAAAAAUCUUUUAUGUUAAGGUAAAAGAUUGCCCAGUUUGAACCCUCACUUGCCCUUCUGUUAUUUUGACAGAAGGUAUUUCAGAUCUGUGCUUUUUAUUGUAUAUAAGACUGGCUGUGCUACUAGAACUCGGUGUAGACAAGAGUAAACAAGUGUAAAACACUAAAUGCUUUAUUCUGAUGUCUUCUGUGGUCUAAACUUUUUGCCCAGUGUUAUUUUUGCUUCUUGAUUUUUUUUUGUUUCUUGUUUUGUUCUUUGAUUUGAAAGGACUGCUUAUGACCAGCUUCUGAAGGAUCCCGUAACAAUUUACAAGGGCUGUGAAGGCUGGAGCCUGGUACUGGGAAAUGUAUGAAAAUUCCCUGGCCAGGGAAAGUGUAAAUCUUAAAGUGAGACUGAAGUAAGGAAUAAACAGGCAGCCCCUAGGGAGGUUCUGUAGCUUCUGCUUCUUUCAAUAACGAUGCCUGAAGUUAAGCAGCACAAUAAAUAUCUGCUUGGGAUUAACUUCAAUUUCUGAUUCCUAACUGUUUUCAGUGCAGGUUAAAGCCAUAUUAGAAAGUUUCCAGAGGGAAUACCUUGCAAAUUUAAUUGUUUGGCCACGUGCUGCUGAGUAAAAGCAAAUUGGUGCCUGUACUUAUAGUACUUCAUAGUGACACUCCAAGAGCUGCCAAGUGAUGAUGAGGAAUUAGUAUUCUACAUGCCAACACAAACCAUGAUUCGAUUUUUUUUUUUAAUUACUGAUGUGAACUUCCAGUUCAGUAAGUGUAGGAUUCAGUUCAGUAAGUGUAGGAUUCAGUAGCUAAAUCACAGGAAAUAAAAACUUAUUUUUCUUUAGCCAGUGCAGUUACUAUGUGCAACGUUAAGGAGGUGUUAUGUGUUGCUUAUAGGCUGAACCUUCCUAUGCUUUUUGGCUUUAUAAACAGCCCUUUCUUUACUCAUGGACCAGGGAAGGGCUAGCAGGCUUUGAAUUGUUGAGAACACCAGCUCCAAAAGUGAAGCUAAGCUCUGCUUGCUCUAUCUUUUUGUACUCAGUUGGGAUGGUGUUGCAACCUCAGCUGUUCUCCCAAGGAAAGGUUUGUCAAGAAAUUGAAUAGGUGUAGUUUCAACCUUUAUUUUUAGAGACAGAAUAAGGUUCUGAACCUUAGAGGGUACUUAAAUUAUAUUUCAGCUUUCCUCAAAAGAUGGUAAUUAAUGACCAAGUGGCUUUAGAGCAAGCACAGAUAAUGCAAAGGCACCAGGUUCAAAUCUUUUGCUCGAUUUGGAGUAUGCUCUGCAGGAAAUUCUUAACUGAAAUGAAAAUAGUAGAUGGCAGAUACAGUGGCUGGUUGGUUUUUUUGAAACUAACCAACUUUGUGUCAGAGGGAAAAUGUAGUAGUGGCCUGCUGAUACAUUCUUCAGACACUUAAAUGCUAAUUAGUUCAUUCCUCCUUCACCUUACAAAUAGGAAAAAUAGUGAAUGGGUUGAAUAUUUAAAGAAUUAAAAAGUGCAGGAAACAUAUUUGGUUUUUAUCUUCUGUGCCCUUGUUAUAAACCAGUUAUUGCUAAAUUUCCUGUUUUCAAAUGUAAUUCUUACACCACUUGCUAGUUGUUUAAAGUAAUGGGAUUAUACUUAAAACAAAGCAGAGACUAUUUUAAACUAGCAAAUUUUUUUUUUGAAAAUAGUUCCAGGAGAAGACUGAAGUGAACCCUGUUCGAAAUGAGCAGGGCUCCAUGGGCUGCAAUGCAGAUCUCCAGUAAAAUGUUUCAGGUGCAGAAAAGGCCUUCUUUCACAGGAGGUACUUAACCUACAAGUUUGAAGGCUGUAGCUGUGCACUUUUCCCAAAUUAAGAAAUCUGGGAAAUCUGCCUCUGGAUGUGGCAACUACUUCCUGCUGAGGCCCCUCAAAUAACUGUUAGUUAUCUGAAGUGAAGCUCAACAUUGUUCUUGCUAACAAGUUCUGGGACUUUUACUAAGCGUGGCUUUUAUAGCCUAUUUCUGGAUUAGUGAGCUGCCUUCAGUAACGUUUGAGCCAUUCUUUUUCAAUUUUUUUCUUCCUUUGCCAUGCUUGAAAACAGAAAUGCUGCUUAAAGGAGAGGAAAAUCUGUGUAGAAUCCCUCUCCUCUGCAAUCUAGGAAUGAAGGUUAUUUUUAAAGCAUUUAAAACUCUGUUUCAUAGAACCAUUUAGGUUGGGAAAAGAUCUUUAAAAUCACUGAGUCCAAGGAUUAACACAACACUGCCACAUGUCCCCAAGUGCCACAUCUACAUGUCUUUUUAAAUCCUUCAGGAAUGGUGACUCCACCCCUUGCCUGAGUAAGCCUGUUCCAAGGAUUGACAAGCCUUUUGGGGAAGAAAUCGUAAAAGUUUCAGAUGUUUCAAAAUAAGCAGGUCUGAUUUUAGAAAAAGAAAAUGCUGCCAUUCCCAAUAGGCUAUCCUAAGGCUUUUCUUCUGCUACCUUAAACCUUUGUGGUUUUUCUUUGGGUGUAUAAGUGCUACUUCGGGGAGAAAAGGGGGAAGCAUUUUGUGUAUGGAUGCUGGUGAAAAUGCCUAGAUAAAAGGUAUU